UGCUAACUAAGCUCUACUCUGAUACAAAACUUGCAGGAGACAGAUGUUGGUCCCUUGAGUCUUCAUUGACACAUCUUUGCCACUCAACUUGGGAUAAAUUCUAACUGUGCCACUGACAGUUGAAGAGUAAGAGAUCGUCAGGUAGAGAGUAGGCUUUCUGACGGGGAGAAGAUGGAGCAGUCUAGCAGCGGGUUGUACUCGGGACCUCUGUCUCAGGCGGCUCAGAAGAUACUGGCUGUUCUACGGGCCCAGAAUCUGUGUCCAGGCAGACGCAACUACAACUAUUCAUACAAUCACAGGCAAACAGUGGGGAGGCUUUAUGGCAGCCAGAGGGAGCUUUUAGCUCAGAGCAGCUGGAGCUCAAGUCAGGAGGAGGAGGAGGAGAGCAGACGCACAGACCGACCGUGGUCCACGCCACAGGUGCCCUCUCUUUUCACCUCCAACCAGUGGCAGAGCUUUCAGACUGCACCCUGCCAUCAGUCCUCACAGACACCAGACGGUUCCCUGUCAUCCCCGGGCUCCUCCUGCUGGGAUUCCUCACUCCAAAGGCAGCCAUCUCAGAUGGAAGCCUAUUAUCAGUGCUCACAGAUAUAUGCCCACAGAACGUACUCUAAACCCCCUGCUUACCCAUGCAGCCAGUCUUUGCCUUCUGCUCAGCCUGAGACAGUAGCACCUUCCUCCCAUAGUGACAGAUACACCAAAUCCCUCCAAAUACCAGAGAGACCUUUUGAACAUGAAGCUACACUAUGGAGAAACUCCACUGAAGAAAUCAGGCCGUCUUUCAUCCUGAAUCUCUCUCCAGAUGACAACGUCACUGAUGAGGUAGAGGAAGUGUUUCCAUGCCAACGUUGUCCCAGAAGAGCAGGGCAAAAAGGUCAGGGUUUAGAGCUCCCUGUCUCCACCAGCACAAUGACAACAUACAAUGCUGGGCCAUGGGCCAUGGCCAGCACCGUGGGGGGUGGGGUGGUCAUGACUUUGUCAGCAGGAAAUGGUUCUGUUUACAGGCAGGUAAAUGAGGAAGACUCUCCUCGGGGAGCUUAA